UGGAAAACGCCCCCCCUUGGUUACCGCUCGCGGCGACGCUCACGCUCUAAAUGUCAAAAAAAAAAAAACGCGGCAUUUUUCAAAAGUUUGAAAGGUGACAGGUGGCUCAGGUGUUCAACAUGAUGUUCUACACUCAGCUCUUCACGUCCAAACGCGGCCCGCUGGCCAAGAUCUGGUUAGCAGCUCACUGGGAGAGGAAGCUCACCAAAGCUCAUGUGUUUGAAUGUAAUCUGGAAACAACCAUCAGAGACAUAAUAUCACCAAAGAUGAAGAUUGGUUUGAGGACUUCAGGUCAUCUGCUCAUCGGUGUGGUCAGGAUCUACUCCAGGAAAGCAAAGUAUCUGCUGGCAGACUGCAGCGAUGCUGUGGUUAAGAUUAAACUGGCAUUCAGGCCAGGUCAGACAGACAUGCCUGUGGAGGGGCUCGAGGCCACAGUAAAAGCAAUUACCUUGAUCGAAGAUUUCACUUCUUUUGAUGCUCAGCUGCCAGACCCGAGGAACAUCGAUGUCGUGGACCACUUUACGCUGAACCAGAGUCGAACAGAGGAAAUCACUCUGAAAGAGGAUUUUGGAAACGGUUUUCUGAACCUGGCGGAUUUCGGAGUUGACUCCCAGAGUCACCAGACUGGACUACUGGAUAUGAACUUCCAGGGCCUGGCUGGACAUGGAGACGCUUUUGGGGAUGAGGACAGAGGGUUUGACCUGCUUGACUUUCUGACAAACUCCAGUGAUCAUAUCGAGUCCUCCAACUUCAUCCCAGAGGGGCCUCAAAAUGAAACCACGGAGAUCUCUGCACUCAAUUAUCAACAAGAUGCUGACAGAAUGGAGGUGGAGACGCCCACGAAGAGUGAGACCACUCUGCUCGCUAAUGAAGAGAUGGCCUUUGCCCUCGAACCUGUGGCCGCCACUCCAAACUCCGAGAAGAAGAGGGGGAAGAGGAAACGCAGGUUGGUUGUGGACCACACCAAAGAGCUGACCGAUGAGUCCAUCAGAGACCAGCUUAAUGACUACUCAGAUCUGGUCGGCCCUUUUGACAUGGCCCCGCCGACCCUGCAGCUCAUGCAGUGGAAGGAGAGCGGAGGUGUAGGCAAACUCUUUGCACAGACGUGUUUGUCCGUGGUGACUCCACAGAUAAAGGAGCUGUUUGUCAAGAGCGUUUUCCGGUUGAAAUACUCCAGUAUGUGCGGUGAAGUCGAGGAGAUGCGUCAGGAUGGACAAGAAGUUCAGAGGAACAUGAGCGCCCUCACCACAGACGAUGUCAGUGUCGUAGAUUCGUCAUUGGAUCCUGAAAAAACACACAACACUGAGACGACGCCCUUCGAUCACGCGUGGGACGAUAGAUCAGAUCACUACGAGAUCGCACAAGAUGAAAACGGGUCGGAGUUCACCCACCCAGAACUUCCAUCAGAAGACUCCAUGUUUGUGCAUCCGUCUUACAUGGAGCAGGAGACUCCAUCAACCUCCCUCCUCACUCAGUCUGUGCUGAACAGCCAGGACUUUGAGGACAGGAGGAUAACCAGGCACGCACAGAAGCUUCUGCACGGCCUAAAAAUACACGCUCAGAGGAACAGCGACACCACGUUCAGCCUGGAGGCGCUCUGUAAAGGAGCCACUCGCUCGCAGGCCGCAGCCACUUUCUUCUGCCUCCUGGUCCUGAAUAAACAAAGUGCGCUUCACCUGCACCAGAGAGCGCCAUAUGAGGACAUCCUCGCAACACCCGGACCCAAAUUCUACGAUUAGUUUCAGGAAAACACGGCCGUGGUUGCAGUCGUGGUUUUACUCGAUCUGCCUCACGUACAAGUGCUACUUUAACCUGAAUUCAACAUGCUACUUAUUUUAGUUUCUGGGCUGAAUAGUAAAAAAAUAUUAAUUAUAUGGCGCACACAUUAGUAUGUUUGUGUGUCUCAGAACUUGUACAUACUCUCUUUGCUUGUUCUUGGUUCAUUUGUGAGAAAUUGGGGUGGCAUCAAAUGAAGGAAGAUUUUGUGUAAAACUCUUUGUCAGACUAUUUUUAUUCGGGGAGUUCCUUUAAAAUGUAUUUAGUAUAGUUAUUUUAUAUCAGUAACCUCUGACAUUAAGCACUUAUCCUGCAUGUUCAGUUGUGUUUUGCAGUUCCAGUUCUUGUUGAUUUCAGACCUGUUCUGCACCAAAAUCAACAUUUCAUUGUAAGAAAAUGUUGCAUAUUGUUGCUUUAAAGUAGAAGUAUUAUCUUUAACGUCAUAUUGAUCAAAUAUUUGGCAACUAUGUGAAACACAUACAACGAUGUUACGGACACAGAUUCAUAUAUUUAUCGUCGCUCUUGUGGUCUGGAUGUUCAGUCUUAUCUCCUCUACAGCACUGAGCUGUAUCCUGUGGUGACUGCUGUUAAAUUACACAGUUUUAAUUGACUGAAAGUUAUAUUUAUUUAUUAGCCUAUAACUUGGAUUCAUAUGACAUCACGGCACAUUUCAAUGGGACUACACGAUAAAACAGAUCCAUAUUAAAAGUACAGCAAUGACUUUACAAAACUGGAUUUCAGUGAUGUUUCCCACUCGUCGUUGGUGUUCGUUAUGUAAAAAGUUUGAACUUUUAAAUUGUGUUUUUCUCAAGUUGUAAAUAUCUUGUGGACUGUAUUAAAAUAAAUGGAU